AUGCCUGGGGAGCUGUCCUCUCGUGCCGACGAGCUCAAGCAACAAGGCGUUGCUGAGGCCGCUCGUGAUCCAGACACCAACGUCACUUCGGAGGAUGCCGAAAAGGCAAUAGUAAACGAGACCAGGAAGGCUGGUGGUGCAGCCUAUCAAUUCGAUCCCGAUGCUUCACCAGAAGAGAAGGCUGCCCAAGCUCAAUCGCGUCUCCCUCCAGGAUUCCACCACGAGAAAAAACCACAGGCCGUAGGCGUCGUAACUGACAUUAAUGAUAACACUCCAGACCAAUAUGAUCUUCCCCCACCCAGCAAAGCCGGUGCUGUGACCCCUCCAAAGACCGCCGCCAACGGCAAGCCCACUGGGGCCAAUGGCCAGGUGCCCGAGGAUGAGAGGUGGGCCCGUGAUCGCGUAGGUUGGGCGCCUCGAUUUGGACCCGGAAGUUUCGUCGAAGGCGACGAGGAGGAGGUCAGCAUGCUCGAUCAUCAAACUUGGGUUGAGAGUAAACUGCCGGACAAGUUCUACGGUGACUGGUAUCACAACACGGCUGUUAUCAUCUUUGCAUGUUUAGCUUCAUGGCUCAUUGCGGUUAUUGGCGGUGGGUUGGCCUGGGUCAUUCUCGUCAUGGUCGUAUGCGGUACGUAUUACCGUACCUCACUGCGACGAGUGAGGCGCAACUUUCGUGAUGAUGUGAACCGAGAAAUGGCCAAGCAACGGCUCGAGACGGACCACGAAAGUCUCGAAUGGAUAAACAGCUUCAUGGUGAAAUUCUGGCCGAUUUAUGCGCCCGUUCUCUGCGACACUAUCAUUGCUUCCGUCGAUCAAGUACUGAGUACCUCCACGCCCGCAUUCUUAGACAGCAUGCGUAUGAAGACGUUUAUUUUGGGAACGAAACCCCCUCGAUUGGAGCACGUCAAGACCUAUCCCAAGGCCGAAGACGAUGUUGUUCUCAUGGACUGGAAAUUCAGUUUUACGCCAAAUGAUGUCGCCGACAUGACGGCUCGGCAGAUCAAAAACAAGAUUAAUCCCAAGGUCGUCUUGGAAGUCCGCGUUGGUAAAGCAAUGGUCAGCAAAGGCUUGGAUGUCAUUGUGGAAGACUUUGCCUUUUCAGGCUUGAUGCGGGUCAAGGUCAAGCUCCAGAUCCCCUUCCCGCACAUUGAAAAGGUCGAAAUCUGCUUUCUGGAACGCCCUACCAUUGACUACGUCUGCAAGCCUCUAGGCGGUGAUACGUUUGGGUUUGACAUCAAUUUCAUUCCUGGUUUGGAAAGCUUCAUUAUGGAGCAGGUCCAUGCCAACUUGGGGCCUAUGAUGUAUGAUCCGAACGUCUUCCCGAUUGAGAUUGCCAAGAUGCUGGCUGGAAACCCUAUUGACCAGGCUAUUGGAGUUGUUGCCAUCACCGUGCAUGGCGCAUUUGGGUUGAAGAACCCUGACAAGUUUUCUGGCACUCCUGACCCUUACUGCGUGGCUUCCUUGAACGGCAGAACCCCUCUUGGAAAGACGAAGAUUGUAAAGGAGAAUGCAAACCCGCGAUGGAACGAGACCCUAUAUGUCAUCAUCACUUCACUUUCCGACAGCUUGACGCUGCAGGCGUUCGAUUUCAAUGAUUAUCGCAAGGACAAAGAGCUUGGCACGGCCACGUUUGCUCUCGAUCAGCUGGAGGCUCAACCUGAACACGAGAAUUUGCAACUUGAAGUGAUGGCAAAUGGCAAACAUCGCGGUGCCAUUCAAGCUGACGUUCGUUAUUUCCCUGUUUUGGGGGGCGCUAAGCUCGAAGAUGGAACAGAGCAACCUCCCCCAGAGUCAAACACUGGGAUUGCCCGAUUCACCAUUGAGCAAGCCAAGGAUCUUGAUGGAACGAAGAGUUUGAUUGGACAGCUCAAUCCGUAUGCAGCACUGUUAUUGAAUGGCAAAGAAGUUCACGUAACCAGAAAGCUCAAGCGGACGAACAACCCCAUCUGGGACAAUGGUUCAAAGGAAUUUCUUGUUACUGAUCGGAAAUCGGCUCGGCUUGGUCUCGUCAUAAAGGAUGAUCGAGAUUUGGCCACUGACCCCGUUGUAGGCAUGUACCAAAUCAAAUUGGAUGACAUGAUUACGAUGAUGGAAAAGGGACAAGAGUGGUACAACUUGUCUGGAGUAAAGACUGGUCGCGCCAAGAUGUCACUUCAAUGGAAGCCCGUUGCUUUGAAGGGUGAUCUUGCUGGUUCGGGUGGCUAUGUGACCCCAGUUGGUGUCAUGCGUCUCCAUCUCAAGGGCGCUCGAGACUUGCGCAACCUUGAGACCAUGGGCAAGUCUGACCCAUAUGUUCGUGUUCUACUUUCCGGCAUCGAAAAGGGAAGAACGGUCACGUUCAAGAAUAACCUCAAUCCUGACUGGGAUGAGGUUAUCUACGUGCCUGUGCAUUCUACCCGCGAACGCCUGACGUUUGAUGUCAUGGAUGAGGAGACCCUUGGCAAAGAUCGCUCACUAGGUUCCACCGACAUCUCUGUCGGCGAUUUCAUGUCUCAGGCCGAAAAUGGGGAAUAUCUGACGCACGACAAGAAAGAACCUCGGUCUGAACUUUUGCGUUUGCAAGGUAAGGGCGUGCCUAAAGGCAAGCUCAAUUUUACGGCCGCUUUUUACCCGUGCUAUAAUGUUGUUGAUCCCGAAGAGGAAGAAAAGGAGAAGAAGGAAAAGCAGGACGAACAAAAGGCACAGGAAAACGGCACCAACGGCACCAAUGGCACCAGCAGCACCGAAGGAAGAAAGAGCUCUGAAAAGGACGCAGUCACUCGCGAGAAUGAGAAAGACAAGAAGGCUGGGACCAUUGACACCAAUCUUGCCAAGAUGCUCGAUCAAGACGAAAAGGCAAGCGACGAGCCCAAGGAAGCACCAAAGAUUCGUGUAAACGCCGAAGAGCUUCAAAAUUAUGAGUCUGGCCUUAUCGUCUUCAAGUUGAUUGAGGCACAACUCUCAGAGGCUAAUGUUCACGUGGAAAUUUUGAUGGAUGAUAUGGCCUUCCCGUCUUACACUUCCUCACGGGCUACGACCAGGAAGAUGACUUUUAAUGAGACUGGCGAGGCUUUCGUCCGAGAAUUGGACUUUUCAAAGAUCACUUUGAGACUUCGCGAGAAGAUUGACAAGAAGGGCGAAGGGGACAAGGGUGACCACAUUGUUGCCAAGCUUCAAGGAAACACAAUUGACACGCUUCGGCGUUGCCUAUACAAGCCGACGACUCUAACAUUGAAAGACUCAAACGGCGGUUCCAGCCAGAUCACUGUUUUGCUCAAGUACAUUCCGGUCAAAAUGCACCUUGAUCCUAGCGAGAGUAUUAACAACAUGGGUAACCUCCGUGUCGAUGUUCUUGAUGCUGCUGAUCUUCCUUCGGCCGACCGCAACGGAAAGAGUGACCCGUACUGCAAGUUCAUGCUUGACGGAAAGGACGUCUUCAAGACCAAGGUUCAGAAGAAAACACUUCACCCAGCAUGGAACGAAUUUUUCGAGGUCCCUGUGAAAUCGCGGAUUGCUGCAAACUUCAAGGUCACUGUUUACGAUUGGGAUUUUGGUGACAAGGCCGACUUCCUCGGCGCGGCAGAUAUUAAUCUUGAUAUGCUGGAACCUUUUACGCCGCAGGAGAUCAGCCUCGGGCUCGAUGGCAAAUCGGGUACGAUACGGUUGAAGCUCCUCUUCAAGCCCGACUAUGUUACCCGCUCGCGUCAAGGCUCGUCAACGUUUUCUGGAACAUUUGCCGCGCCCGGCAAGAUUGUCGGUGCUCCCGUCAAAGGCGUUGGCAUGGUUGGCGGUGGUGUCGUCAAGGGCGCGUCGUUCUUGACUCGAGGCAUUCGCGGCAAGAAGAAGAGCGAUGACGGCAACGGCGUGGAUGGGGCCAUGGAAGAUGGCGCAAUUGCCGACUCUAUCGAAGUCCCUGACUCUAUCCAGGAGAAAGAUGCUGGCGCUGUAGCGAAUAGCCAGAAUGAUGGCGGUUCUAUGAGCUCGUCUCACCACCGUGUGCGCAGCGUUGGUCAGCAAUCCAUGCGAGCAACUACGCCUGGUGGCGGUGAACAGGGAUCUGCUAGCUUCACCAUCCUGUCUGCAUCCGGAUACCCUCCCGGCGCUCACGUCCGCGUGCACAUUAAGCAAGUCUCGGCCAAGGGUGCUAAAGAUAUACACAAGACCAAGGCAAUCAAGUCGAGCUCAGGCCAAGUCCAAUGGGACCACGAGGCAUUCAAUGUCAACUGCGCGGCUGACACGCAAUUUCAGGUGCAAGUCAAGGACCACGGAUUGUUCGGCUCCGGCGACGAUCUGGGCGAGGCCUUGUUCUUCAUUGAUGAUUCUGCCUCUGGCGGUGAAAAGAUUGUGAAGGCUGGUAGCGGCAGUGUCACACUCCGAACCAACUUUACCUCUGCUGACGGCGCAAGCGUCAACUCCAGCCCAAAGAGCACGCGUAAGAGCUUCUUGGGAUCAAGAAAGUGAAAGAUGGUUGUGUCUGUCAUCGGCAGUGAACUCCUAAGGGGAAACCACAUUGAUGGCACGUCGAAUUGUCUAACGCUUGGCACUUGAGUUUCUACCACUAAUCAUGAUAUGUAAUCUCGUGGCCCCAUGCCCUUUUCCAAUUUUUUUUUCUACCGUCUUAUUUCCUUUUGGCUCUUUAUUUAUUUAUUUGUCUCACUAUACCUCAUACCUUAUUCUUACUUUUAUCCAUUAUUCUCAAGGAUGGAACGACCAUUAGCUUAAUUUGCAUGAAUGACAUCAAUUUGAUGUCAUAUGUCGCUAUGUUCUUUCUGUGAUGCUAAUCAUCAAGGGAAGAGUUCAAUAUAUGCCGAAUAAUGCUCAUGAUUUAUUAUAUUACAGGUGUCUGCUUAGUAUAAAAGAUGCAGUG